AUGUCUAAUGACGGGGCUCAGGCCGACAACUAUCUAAGUCAGAUCCGCGAGGUACUUCAGGCUGCAUCGGCCCACGAUCUCCAGGCCUUACGACGUUAUACAAGGGACUACAGUUUCCCCGACUGCAAAGUGGUUGAUGUUCAAGACCCCGCCUCAGGUCAAUCACCCUUGCACGCAGUCAUUUACUCUUGCGCAUCUCUGACAAAUGGAGAAAGCCUACCCUCGAAUUCUAAAGAGGACACAGGGUCAGAGGCUGUCAGGUUCCUCUUGGAGCAUGGAGCGAUUUGGAAUCAGUUGGACAACAACAAUGAAACUCCGGGCUGUGUCGCUUACAGGCUGGGCUUGGAGUCGCUGUAUCAAUUAAUGGUGGAUGCGGGAGUACGUGCAGAAAUGCUAUUGAGUCGACUCGACGAUUACGAGAGGCUCGAAGACGGCGAUGAAGAGCCCGAGGACGGCGAUGAAGAGCCCGAGGACGAGCAAGAUCUCCCGGCUGGGCCCAAUGAUGAUAUAGCCGUUGAAGCCGCUGAGAUGGGGCGGCCAGAUGUCGACAGUUCCACCUACCUUUCCUCUGAGCUGUCAUUCAGUGGAAGAAUGCUUCUGGACGAGCAGCAGAACGGUGUAAUGAUGGCUUGGGAGAGCGAUAUCAUGCUCAAGUCUGCCAAUGCUCUGCUGACUCGUCCGGACCUGCGGAUUUUGAACAUCGGUUUUGGAAUGGGGAUCGUUGAUACCCACAUACAGAACCACCCAAACAAACCUUCAAGUCAUCACAUUAUCGAAGCUCACCCUGAAGUUCUUGCUUCAUUGCAGAGUCAAGGGUGGCAGGAUAAACCUGGUGUGGUUGUCCACGCCGGCAAAUGGCAGGAUGUGCUGCCUCAGCUGAUUACAGAAGGCCAUGUUUUUGAUGCCAUCUACUUCGACACAUUUGCUGAAUCCUAUGCGGACUUCCGCGACUUCUUUUCGGAGCAAGUUAUUGGACUCCUUGACCAAGAAGGGCGAUGGUCCUUCUUCAACGGGAUGGGAGCCGACAGACAGCUCAGUUAUGAUGUCUACCAGAAGGUUGUCGAAUAUGAUCUCUUCGAAGCCGGUUUCGAUGUAGAAUGGGAGAGCAUGGCUCUCCCCAAGCUCGACAAGGAAUGGGAAGGUGUCCGGCGAAAGUACUGGAAUGUCGAUGAAUAUCGCCUCCCCGUCUGCAGAUUCAUGGACUAGGAACAUUUGAACCAAUAAGUCGGUCUGCUCCUGUACACUGGAUCUACAGCAAGCAAGUCCUCCUCACACGUGGUCGUCGGUCUAUCGUUGGCCGAGAACUGGGCACACUGGCGGUCCAUCUACAAAUUCCCCGCAUUCACUUCUCCUCGGUGGACGACGACCGACGAUGCUCCAAGUCUUUCUCCGCGCAUCCGGUGAGGAGAUUUACGACACAACGGUUAGCUGCAAAGGCGGCCGCGGAUUCCAGAUUCAUAUAUGGUGGGCGGAGUCCAGGUGCCGCGAAUGGUAGAA